AUGUCAUCCGAGACUAUUUGGUCGUCAAACACGAACCCGACAGUUUCGCCCUCGACCUCCUCGUUGCGACUCCAGGAUCAGGUUGAUCCCGACGUGGCCAAAUUCCUAGCUGGACCAGCUCCAGCUACUGGGCGCAGGUUUUCUUUCACGGAGACUGGCGAAUUCGAGUCCAACCUCUUUGACUUUAAGCUGAACUUUCAGGCUUCCUACGCGGCCUCGACCGGUGGUCCUCAUGCUCCAAACGUUUCCAACGUCCAGAAUGCGCCACACAUUACCUCGGGAAAUGGCGCCUCCAACUUGAACAACAAUCAGGCUAUCCAGCUUGGUACUGCUUCUAUUAGUGGGGGAAUUGCCAGUAGGCAUCCUCCAAAGGAAAGUUUCUUGAACAAGUUCGCAUCGGUCGCUGACGCCACUCGUGAUAUUGAGUUAUCCAAUGGCUUGGGCUCCUUGUCUUUGGAAGGUAGCCAACGAAGGACUAGUUUCAACAGCGAUCACGUCAAGCCAUUGAUGUCGUCGCCUCAUGGGUCUCUUAAUGAGAACUUGAACAUGCCUGUCUCAAGAACUUCUAGACAUCAGUCCAUUAGCGAGAAGAUCGACAACUACAACAACAGUUCUCCAAUUCAGAACAGUGCAGCAUUGUCCAUGUCUUCUGAUUUGAAUGCCACUGGCUCGCAACUGGCUCUUGAUGCUUCCAAGUCUGCGGGCCAACACACGCAGAGCUUUUGGAACCCAGCGGCCGCUACUUCCUUUACGCCUUCUUUCCCUCAAAACCAUUUCCUAGACAACUCUGGUUUUGCAAACGGGAACUUGAACAACUACCCUUACAACCGUGGAAACAUGCCAGCUAUGCCUCCAAUUAGUCCCCCUCCGUUUAUGAUGGCGAACCCUGCGCAGUUUGGUGAAGCAGGUAUGUAUGGCUUCAUGGGUUACCAAGGUGCUCCAGCCCUGUCAGAAGCAGUCGAUGGGAAUGAGAAGCAAUCUACAGAUGAAGUUAGUUCCACCGACGACAAGAGAUCAUCCGAAGGACCUCUGUCCAAGACCCUGCCUCCCAAGUCAGGUGCAAUUCCUGGCGUCGGCUUGAUGAAUCGCCAGGUCCACCCAGGCUUCAUUUUUAAUCCUUUCAAUCCUUAUGCGAUGUACCCCCUGACGUCUCCAGCAGGAUCUCCUGCUAAUGUGCCUGUUGAAGGUGCCCCUGGUGUUGUACCACAGCCAAUGCUGCCGGUUGCGUUUGAGGCUGCCAUGAUGCAACAAGUGCCACCUCCUCCACCUCCUCCACCAGCAACUGCACCUCAGGCAGGUCUGGAGUCAAGGCCUCAUAGCUCGGCCGCGCCUAGUGGAAAAAGAGGCAAGUCUGCUAAGAACCAAAGUGCUGGUAAGGGUGGAAACCAUAUUUACAGGUCACCUUUGCUCGAAGAGGUUCGUUCCAACUCUAAGAAUAAGGAGUACGCGCUCAAGGAUAUAUACGGACAUGCUGUGGAGUUUACCAUGGAUCAACAUGGUUCGAGAUUUAUUCAACAAAAGUUGCCACAAGCCAGUGAAGAAGAAAAGGAAGUGAUAUUCAACGAAAUUCGUGAGAUCUCUUACGAUUUGAUGACUGAUGUCUUCGGCAAUUAUGUCAUUCAGAAAUAUUUUGAACACGGUUCCGAUGUUCAAAAAGAAGUGUUGCUAGAAUGCAUGAAGGACAAGACCUACGAGUUGUCCUUACAGAUGUAUGGAUGUCGUGUUGUUCAACGUGCUCUUGAAGCUAUCUCUUUAAAGGGCCAGAUCCAAAUUGUUGAAGAGUUGAGAGACCAUGUUCUUGUCUGUGCUAAAGACCAAAACGGAAACCACGUUAUCCAGAAGUCUAUCGAGCGCAUUCCUUUCCAACACAUUAGAUUUAUUUUGGACAGCUUGAGCGAUCAUAUUUAUCAUUUGUCGACUCAUCCCUACGGCUGUAGGGUGAUUCAAAGGUUGCUCGAGCAUUCCGAUAUUGCUGACCAGGAGAAGAUUUUGGCUGAGUUGAACAAGUUCAUUUUUUACCUUAUCCAAGAUCAAUACGGUAAUUAUGUGAUACAGCAUAUCCUUGAACGUGGUGAUAAUGGAGAGAGAGAAAAGAUUCUUGAGGUCGCUCUUGGCUCGAUUGUGAACUUCUCAAAGCACAAAUUUGCAUCGAAUGUGAUUGAAAAAUGUAUCAAGCAUGGAUCAACGGAGCAGCGGAAGCGGAUACUUCAUGAAGUCAUGUUGGGUAAUGAGGAUCUUACGAAGGAGUCGGUUGAUGAUGAUUCCCCUCUUGCCUUGAUGAUGAAGGACCAAUAUGCGAACUAUGUGAUCCAGAAAUUGGUAGAGGGAUUCGAUGCCAAGAGCCAGGAGAAGAAAAACCUCGUUGUCAAGCUAAGACAAUACUUGAAGCAAAUCUCCAUGAGAAAUAACUACGGCAAGCAUCUUGCGUCAGUUGAGAAAAUGAUCAUUGUUGCAGAGACAGCUCUUGUUGAAGCCGAUCGCAAUUAA